CAGCUCUUCUGCGCAGGUGCAGAAUCAUCCCUUAUUUAAGGAGGAAACUAAGAAACGAAUUUUCAUUUAAUCGCGGACAGUCUUCCGGAGAAGUGAAUGGUCUAGUUCUACACGUGCAAUCCUUUUCAAAAUGGAGUAUAGAAAUAAUCAUCAUAGUUACUCUAGAAGAAAUAAUUCUAACUCGUAUCAUAAUAAUUCUGUCCAGCACUAUAAAGAGUUUAUAAUGAAGAUCGGUACCGAUAAAAUCGGUAAAUUAAUAGGUAAAGCUGGAAGUAAUAUUAGAGAUUUACAAGAUAAAACGAAGACAAGAAUACAUGUAAGUCGAUCUGGUGGAAAUUGUGAUGAUUAUACUACAGAUGUUACUAUAGUUGGUAGUAAGGAAGCGCAGAAUCAAGCGAAAACAUUAAUAGAGGAGUUAUUGAGAGACACUCCUGCUUUUGAAGCAGAACCAAUUCAACAUUUAAAAGAAGAAGACAACAAUGAAGAAGAAGACAUUGAUCUUGAUGACUUUGAUUGGAGGAUAGCUAACCAGAAAGCUAUGGAAUUUGAAAGACAAAAAUGGGCAAAGGCUCCUUCUAUAGUUAAGAAUUUUUAUAAAGAAGAUCCGACAAUUACUAAUUUGACACCAGAGCAAGUUGCACAUAUUCGUCAAAUAAAUAAUAAUAUAGAAGUAAAUUAUGUGUUUGAAGACAAGGAGGGAAAUGAUCCUGGACAUAUACCAAAUCCUAUAGAGACGUUUGAACAAGCCUUUCAUGAUUACCCAGAGGUAUUAGAUGAGAUUAAAAAACAAAACUUUACUAAACCAAGCCCAAUACAAUGUCAAGGUUGGCCUAUACUUCUUAGUGGUAGAGAUCUUAUUGGAAUUGCUCAAACUGGCACAGGGAAAACUUUGGCGUUUCUACUACCAGCAUUGAUUCAUAUUGAGGGUCAAGUGACACCUAGAUCAGAACGAAAGGGUCCCACUGUUCUUAUUAUGGCACCUACGAGAGAACUAGCAUUGCAAAUUGAAAAGGAAGUAAAUAAAUAUUCUUAUCAUGGAAUAAAGGCGGUAUGUUUAUAUGGAGGUGGAAGUCGUCAAAAACAAGUUGACGUGGUAACAAAGGGUGUAGAAAUAGUUAUUGCAACACCUGGUAGAAUGAAUGAUCUUGUAAAAGCAAAAAUUUUAGAUGUUUCUUCUGUUACGUAUCUUAUCUUGGAUGAAGCUGAUCGUAUGUUAGAUAUGGGAUUUGAACCCCAAAUAAGAAAAACUUUAUUAGGUGUAAGACCAGAUAGACAAACAGUCAUGACAAGUGCUACAUGGCCUCAAGGUGUACGACGCUUGGCACAAUCAUAUAUGAAAAAUCCAAUUCAAGUAUUUGUUGGAUCUCUUGAUCUAGCUGCAGUACAUACAGUAACACAAACAAUUUAUAUUAUUGAAGAAGAGGAAAAAACUGAUAUGAUGUAUGAAUUUAUCCGCACCAUGGAUCGUACUGAUAAAGCAAUAAUAUUUUUCGCAAAGAAAGUCAAAGUUGAUGAUGUAGCGAGUAACUUGGCAUUACAAAUGAUGGACGUCCAAAGUAUACACGGUGGACGGGAACAAUGUGACAGAGAACAAGCUCUGGAUGAUUUGAAAACCGGUAGAGUUCAAGUACUGCUAGCAACGGAUGUUGCCAGCAGAGGAAUAGACAUUGAAGAUAUUACGCAUGUCGUCAAUUUUGACUUCCCUCGUGAUAUUGAGGAAUACGUUCACCGUGUUGGACGCACUGGACGAGCAGGGCGUACAGGAGAAAGUAUAACUUUCAUGACGCGAAAGGAUUGGGCCCAUGCGAAAGAAUUAAUUAACAUUUUAGAAGAGGCCAAUCAACAAGUACCUGAUGAAUUGUACAGCAUGGCCGAAAGAUUUGAAGCAUGGAAACGGAAACGAGCAAGUGAAAAGAAUUUUUCUCGUCCAAGAAGAGAAAAUUAUGGUGGUGGAAGAUGGUAAAAGAAGAUACAUAAAUUUGUAUUCCUAUUCUAAGUUAAGUUAAUCGUUAUAAAAAUUUACAUCCAGUAUGUAAUAAAUUACAUACAA